AUGAAAGACAUUGCUGGAGGUCUGUUGUUCGUCUCGCGUUGAAGAGUAGAGUGAUGCUUAGAAGAAAGUUAACGACAUCACUGGCAUUCUCGAGGAUAUUGUGUCCAGAGAAGACGGGAUUGAAGUGAAACGUCUCAAUGGAAAAUGAUCGGUAUAAUUGUUCAACUUACUGAAUUUCAGGUGCUGCCGAAUGCAUUUCCUAUCAGAAAGCGGCUUACUCGAACUCGGGACACUAUGUUUCGUGGGUGAAAACCGGGAAAAGAUGGAUAAGAAGCUCGGUUCGCUCGGUUUGCAAGAUCAAGACCAAAAAAGCGAUGUUAUACUUUGUGGUGAUUGACACAAAACACAUUUGGCGAUUUAUUCCACGAAAGCCACAUGAAGUUAGUUCAACGGCGAAUAAUUGAGCAUAAGAUGAUAACCAACGGUUGCAUCACAUGUCUGCUGCUCCUAUCGGAAUACUAUAAAUUGUGCUGAUAGUGAGGACGACUGGAAAAUAAAUGUAUGUAGCAUCUCCAUGUUUCCAGUUUGUUUUUGAUUGCUACUACUCUGCGCCUUCAAAAAACAUCAGAACAAUGAGCAGUUUCAGGCUAAUAAUGAACCCAUAUUUGUUGGUAUUCGUCGCCUGUGCGGCAGUGGUCUCUGCUGAAGUGCACCAAUUUAAUAUCGGGUAAGUUUGUAUUUAGCAUCAGUAUUCCACAGCAUCGAUUUGAAGGUACCGCCCAAACGUGCGCCAACGCAUGAACGCCGAGGGGAAAUUGGCCGAGUAUGAGCAGGAAAGACAAGAGAGAUUGACAGAGAAAAGCCUUCAAUUGGUUCAGUCUUCCUCCCCGAUAAUUGAUUACGAAGAUAUGGCGUAUAUGGGUGAGUGUUUUCAAGUCGAAAGUGUCCAGAAUUUUUAUUUUUGCGAUUUUCAGUCCAAAUAUCGCUGGGAACUCCUGCUCAAAACUUUGUUCUAUUCAUCGAUUCGGGCUCUUCGAACCUCUGGGUGCCGGAUAUCACUUGCGCCGCUGGAAAAGACGCCACUUGUGGAAGCUAUUGUAAAUCUACUCCAUACGACGCUUGCCUCACUUUCUGUCAAGAAGAGUGCUGUACCAAAACGGUUUCCAAGCGAAAAGUUCUGUCGUGAGUCCAGUUUUCCUUAAUCUUAACAGCAAUUCUUCUAGUACUGCUGAUGCUUGCCAAUCGAAGCACCGCUUUAAUGCUUCCUUGUCGUCGAGUUAUGUAACCAACGGACAAAAGUUCGAUAUGACCUACAACACGGGUGAGGUUAAGGGCUUCUUUGGAGUUGACACGUUCUGUGUAAGCCAAUCCGGGUAUUUUUCUGGUUCUCAACUCUUCUCCUUUAGUUCACCAACACUUCCGCCUGCUGCACUGAUCAAACGUUCGGUCAGGCCACAACGAUCGGAGAAGCGUUCGCGAAGCAGCCAGAGGACGGAAUCAUCGGUCUCGGAUGGCCCGCGCUUGCAGUCAAUCAGCAGACGCCGCCACUUUUCAACCUGAUGAACCAAGGAAAACUGGACCAACCGUAUUUUGUCGUCUAUCUCGCUCAGAUUGGACCCACUUCUCAGCUGAACGGAGGCGCUUUCACCGUUGGCGGACUCGACAGUGCACACUGCGAUUCGAAUGUCGAUUGGGUUCCGCUGACGACGCAGACUUUCUGGCAGAUAAAGCUGUCGGGAGUGGCCUCUGGCACGUAUAGCCAAUCGCCUACGGCCGGAUGGCAAUGCGCUGCCGAUACUGCCGCGUCGUUCAUUGGAGCUCCGAAGAGUGUUGUGAGCAGUCUCGCGAAAGUGUGAGUCAAUGUUUUAAGCUUACAAGACUUGGGAAAUUGGGUCCGUCGCGCGGACUGAGCUCACGCUGGCUUGAAGGCGGCAAAAGGCCUUUUGUCCCACUCGGAAAUAUCCGAUCGGACCCAUACUUUGCAGGUUUUUUGGUCGGAUCAUCCGGUCCAGAGACAUGUGGAUCGGAGGCCGAAAAUUGCGGCCUUUUCGGCCUCCGAUCCAUAUAUCUCUGGAGCAGAUGAUCCAAUCGGUCUGAAAUUCGGACCCAAUAUACUUCAAUCCAAGUCCAAAAAUCCUGCAAGUGGGUCAAACAUCCAGACCUCAACAGGCCUUCCUGGGCCGGCCUUUUGUCCAGCCCUGGGCUCAUCGUAGGGGCAAUUUUAGAACGAAUACUUUUUGAUUGUACAAUGUAUGUAAAACUAACUUUGCAGAGUCGGUGCUACGUAUGUGCCAGGAACCGGCGCCUACUUCAUUGAUUGCGACGCCGUUGUUGCGGACAUUGUGUUCACGAUCAACGGAAAGACGUACAACAUGCCAUCAAGCUCGUUUAUCGUUUCCGCAGGCCCUGGACCUUGCAUGUUCGCCUUCUACGAUCUGACGGCCGGCGGAUUCUAUCCUGCGUGGAUGCUCGGACCGCCGUUUAUGCGUGCCUAUUGCCAUGUUCACGAUAUGCAGAACGGACGGCUCGGACUCGCGAAGAUUUUGUAA